AGCACGCAGCGGAGCUUGAUCCCGCACGAUGGCUUCUUUCUUCACUCUUUGACAAUGCGGGUAGGAACAAGGAGCAGAACGAUGUUACAAUGAAAAGUCGGAGGCUGUUUGAUUCAACAAAUGAUCUGCAAGAAAGCAUGAGUGAAAGCAUUGGAGCCUGACUACAUUUUCCUAUCGCUGGGGGAAGAAAAAAACAAAAACACAUGGAGACGGCGACGAGCACAAUGCCUCCGAAGGCCCCGAGACUCACAGUGGAUGAAGACGCGCUGGCAUCACAGGUACUGGAGCUCAUUGGGGGCUUCACACUGGAGGCCCUACAGACCCUGAAACCUGAAGAACGAGAGGUGUGGCUAAUGGAGGAGGGAGACGACUCUGUGUUUUACAGCGAUGAAGAAGAAGCUCAUGGGGACAUUAAAAAAAAGUCACCAUGUGAGUUCGGUGCCAGUGGCUGCAAGCGUCUUGACAACAGUGUGUCAGCUGAUGAACCAGGAGAAGAAUCCAUUACUGACAGAGACAAUUCAGCGAUGGAGAAGGGAGUUACUCAGCAGAUCAUUCUAACUGAGCGAGGAGAGGAGUGGCAUCCAAAAGCUGAACCGACAGAUCAGACAGAUGCCCUAGAUCCAGAAGAAAUGUCCGAUUUAACUCCAGAGACGUCUGUGAGCACCUGUGGAGACUCUCUGCAGCUUAUCUGCACGGGCGCAGACAUGCAGACAGAGCCAGAGCAAAAUAAGUCUGCGGCAAAAGCAGAGGGAGAAGAGGUGGUGCAAGACACACUGACACCAAACCUUCAACCCUUUGAUGUCACUAAUGAGGUGACUCACAUGAGGCUGAGCAGGGAGACAGAGGUCCCCGAGCAGAUGCCUGCUGCUGAGCUUCAGGUAUCAGGUGACAGGCAGCUGCAGGUGGAGCGGGAGCCAGCGGCGCAGGAGCACGAAAUCCCUGCUCCCGUGGGGCUUCAUCAAAACCCCAGACUGGGCUACUCCACUCUGCCUCUGCCAAAGAAACCCGGUCCUCACCAGAAGUCCUUCGACCACCUCGCUUCCUCCUCCAAAUACAGCACCGUGUCCUACCGCAAGAUCCGCCGUGGCAACACCCGCCAGCAGAUCGAGAAGUUUGAGUACAUGAUGAUGAAUUUGUAAGAGCAGGAAGAUAAAUACUACUGGACAUUUUCCAUAACACACACACACACACACACAAAAAAAAAAAUCUGUCUCACAUGGUUUACAUAUUUAAGUUGUCAAAACUACUCACAGAUGGUACUGAAAGUCUGUAAUGUAACUCUCCACGUCACACGACUCUUAAAUCACAUUUCUAGCCAACAACCAUCUCAUACAUAAGUACUUUGUUUUUGACUGUUUUAGGAGGGAAACGACUUGUUAUCUAAAGCGGGUAUUUGAACAGUAGAUAAAAUAAAUAAGAGCCUCAGGUCUGAUAAUCCUACAGAUAGUAAGUAAGAUGUAGUUCGCUGGUAGAGCUUCAGUAUCUUAAAAGGUGCACAACUGUAUGUCGUUUUGGGAAAGAAAUUGACUGAUUUCUUUGUGCCAUAACAAACUAAAUAAACUGUUUUCAUGACUGAAUAAACAAACUGAACUUAGAGGAAAACCCAAUUUCAUAUUUGUUUACUUUGUUUGUAUUUGGCAGACCCUGCUGUCAUUCUAGCUUCAAACAGAGAUCUGAGGAUCUUCUUUUCCUCUGAGAACAGCUUAUUUGUUCAAUUGUGGAACAACAUAUAUAUAUUUAUGAGUUCGUAUUAUUACCUCAGUAAUGUUGUAAAUAUUAAAAUUCUGAGUUUGAAUUUCUUCUCCAAAACUACACAAUGCCCUUACCGGGUGAGACUGAGAAGUGAAACUACUAUGGGAAAUAUUUCUGAAUGAUUCACUAAACAUACUGUACAUACAUGUCCUAAUGAAGCAAAUAAAAAGAGAUCUAUGCUAUCAAAA